GAAAUUUUAUUUUGUAUCUGGACGUGGUCCCCCAGCAGUUAGAUCUCUCAAAACGAUUCGUCCAUCAUGUUCGCCAGGUCCAUCUUAUCCGUUGCUGUGUGCGGCCUACUGCUGUCACCCCUCCUGCCCUUCAUCCGUGCUGCUCAGGAGGAAGACGCCUCCUCCACCGGCAAACAGGCGGAAAAGCAGUUCGCUGUGGAGCUGGACCCAGAAUCCUUUGAUAAAGCGAUUGCCGGUGGCAAUGUCUUCGUCAAGUUCUUUGCGCCUUGGUGCGGUCAUUGCAAGCGUUUGCAGCCGCUGUGGGAACAGCUGGCCGAGAUCAUGAACAUUGAUGAGCCCAAGGUGAUCAUUGCCAAAGUAGACUGCACUAAACACCAGGCUCUGUGCGCCACCCAUCAGGUGACUGGUUAUCCCACGCUGCGUCUCUUUAAGGUGGGUGAACAGGAAUCGAUCAAGUUCAAGGGCACUCGGGAUUUGCCCGCUAUCACCGAUUUCAUUAACCAAGAACUGAGCACACCCGCCGAGGGGGAUCUGGGUGAGGUGAAACGUGUGGAGGUCGAGAACGUUAAUAUUGGUAAGGUAGUGGACCUCACCGAGGAAACCUUUGCCAAGCACGUGUCCAGCGGCAAUCACUUUGUCAAGUUCUUUGCGCCUUGGUGCAGUCAUUGUCAGCGUUUGGCGCCUACCUGGGAGGAUCUGGCUAAGGAGCUGAUAAAGGAGCCCGCCGUAACGAUCUCGAAAAUCGACUGCACCCAGUACCGUUCCAUUUGCCAAGACUUCGAGGUCAAGGGUUAUCCCACUCUUCUUUGGAUCGAGGAUGGUAAGAAGAUUGAAAAGUACUCGGGAUCUCGUGACCUGACCACAUUAAAGACCUAUGUGGAGAAGAUGGUUGGCGUGCCGCUGGAGAAGACUGAAGGCAAGGCCGAUAACGAAGAGGUAGCCACCAAGGAGGCUGCUGCCGAGGAUGAGGCAGCCAAGAAGCUGAUACCACAACAGCUGAGCGGUGAGGAGGAGUUUGAGAAAGUCAUUGCCGAGGGCAUAACCUUCGUUAAGUUCUAUGCACCAUGGUGCGGACACUGCCAAAAGCUGCAACCCACAUGGGAGCAACUAGCUACAGAGACGCACCAGGUGCAGAGUGAUGUGAAGAUCGCUAAGGUGGACUGCACGGCGCCGGAGAACAAACAAGUGUGCAUUGACCAGCAGGUGGAGGGAUAUCCGACGCUUUUCCUCUACAAGAAUGGUCAGCGCCAGAACGAGUACGAGGGCAGUCGCUCGCUGCCAGAGUUGCAGGCCUACCUCAAGAAGUUCCUUGGACAUGAUGAGCUCUAGGUCUCCUGCAGAACCACAGGGGUUGAACAGCAGUCGGAUGAACAAAUAAACGCCCGCCAAAUUAAUUGUAAUCGUAAUGUUUUCUCUUCAAAAUACCAGCAUAAAACCUCUGUGAGGAGUCCGCAUUUAAACAAUCUACCAACAAAACCUAAAAGACAACGUGCUUGCUGGAAUCGAUGUCGUUCUUACUUUCCUACGCUGUGUUCAUGUUUCGUCCCUGUUAGCUCAGUUUGGUUCCCUUUUUUAAUGUUUUUAGUGUUUACUUCAAUGGGGCACAGGACGUGCACUAAAAAAGCCAUUUAGCGAACUUUAUUUCCAAUUUUAACAUCUUUUUGUGGUCACUAGGCUACUUUUAAGUCAUUUAUAGGAGAAUUUGUCAAUACAAAACAAAUAAAUAUCUAUUGGAAAACGUGA